CGGUUCCAGACUUCUAAACAGUGUGGCGUGAGAAUCUCUCAAGUUAAUUUUUGUGUUUUGCUCCGAGCUUUUACGGUAAUAAUCAUGCUGAAGGACGCCAAAUCGAACCUGCCCUGGGUGGAGAAGUAUCGCCCGGCCACGCUCGACGAUCUAAUCUCGCACGAGGAAAUUAUCUCCACGAUCAACAAGUUCAUCAACGAGAACCAGCUGCCGCACCUGCUGUUCUACGGUCCGCCCGGAACGGGCAAAACCAGCACGAUUCUGGCCUGCGCCCGGCAGCUGUACAAACCGCAAACCUUCAACCAGAUGGUGCUGGAGUUGAACGCGUCGGACGACCGUGGCAUCAACAUUGUCCGCGGCCAGAUCCUGAACUUUGCCUCGACGCGGACGAUCUUCAGCGGGGGCUACAAGCUGAUCAUCCUGGACGAGGCGGACGCCAUGACGAACGACGCCCAGAACGCGCUCCGGCGGAUCAUCGAAAAGUACACGGACAACGUGCGGUUCUGCAUCAUCUGUAACUACCUGAGCAAGAUCAUUCCGGCGCUGCAGUCGCGUUGCACGCGGUUCCGCUUUGCGCCUCUGAACGCCGAGCAGAUUCUGCCCCGGCUGGAGCACGUGGUGGAGGCGGAGGGCAUCAAGGUGUCCGAGGACGGCAAGAAGGCGCUGAUGACGCUGGCCGGCGGCGACAUGCGCAAGGUGCUGAACGUGCUGCAGAGCACCUGGAUGGCGUACAAGGACGUGACCGAGGACAACGUGUACACGUGCGUGGGCCACCCGCUCAAGAGCGACAUCGCCAACAUCGUCAAGUGGCUGCUCAACACCGAGAGCUUCAAGGAGAUCUUCGAGAACAUCCAGGAGCUCAAAACAAACAAAGGGCUAGCGCUGGAGGACAUCCUCACGGAGAUCCACCUGUACGUGCACCGGAUGGAGUUGCCGCCGCGGGUCAUGUCGCUGCUGCUGAUCAAGAUGGCCGCCAUCGAGGAGCGGCUGGCCGCCGGGUGCGUUGAGAAGCCCCAGAUGGCGGCGUUGAUUGCCGCUUUCCAGAUUGCCCGCGAUCAGGUUAUCGUCGAGGGUUGAAGGGAAGGAGGAGGAGUUUUUGUAAGUUGUCUGGUCUGAUUUAUCCACAUUGUUUGAAUAAGUAUUCUAUUUCUAUUUAAA